GUUUGCCUGAGUCCAUCAUUGCUGCAGCGUGUGCCAGAAGUGGCCAGAGAGUUCUUCAUGUGGAUUCGAGGAAUUACUAUGGUGGAAACUGGGCCAGCUUCAGUUUUUCAGGGUUAUUGUCCUGGAUUAAAGAAAAUCAGCAAAAGACAGAUGUCAGUGAGGAUGAAUCUGAAGACUGGAGAAAGCUGAUCCUUGAGGAUGAAGAAGCUAUUCCUCUCUGCAGGAAGGAUAAAACUAUCCAACAUGUAGAAGAUUUCUGUUUUGGAGAUCAGGAUUCAGCUGCAGAUGUUGAAGAAGCUGGUGCACUGCCCAAGCUGCCUGUCUUUGGAGCCUCUGCUGCUGAGGAGGCUUCUCCAGCCUCGGGGGAUGAGUGUCCAGCAGAGGAGAGCACCUUCCUGGUGACACAGGGCCCGGGGCCAGGGAGUGAUGCAGAAACACCUCCUGAGAGUGGAAGUGCUCCCAGCACAGCUCCAGAUGAGUCCACUCCAGAAUUGGGACCGACUGGAGCUGCACCCUCAGAAACUUCUGCCCAGGAACCAAAGAAAGUUACCUAUGCCCAAAUUGUUAGAGAAGGCAGAAGGUUUAAUAUUGAUUUAGUUUCCAAGUUGCUGUACUCCAGGGGCCUUUUAAUUGACCUCCUGAUUAAGUCCAACGUGAGCAGAUACGCUGAGUUCAAGAAUGCCACAAGAAUUCUUGCCUUUCGAGAGGGAAAAGUAGAGCAGGUGCCUUGUUCUAGAGCAGAUGUGUUCAACAGCAAACAGCUCACCAUGGUGGAGAAGAGAAUGCUAAUGAAAUUCCUGACAUUUUGUUUGGACUACGAACAGCACCCUGAGGAAUACCAAGACUACGAGGGCAGUACCUUUGCUCAGUUCCUGCAGACAAGGAAGUUGACCCCUAGCCUGCAGCACUUCAUUCUUCACUCCAUUGCCAUGGUCUCAGAGACUGAGUGCAGCACUCUUGAAGGGCUCCAGGCAACAAAAAAAUUCCUGCAGUGCCUUGGCCGCUAUGGCAAUACACCAUUUCUGUUUCCUCUCUAUGGGCAAGGGGAGAUCCCACAGUGCUUCUGCAG